UUAUAUAUUAUUAUCAUUUACAUCUUUCUUAAAGUUAUUCUUCUUAUCAAAGGCAAAUGGGUGGAUAUCAAAACCAAGUGUGGAUAGCACUGGGCAAGAGAACCUUUUGCUCUCCCAAGACCACUGCCUAGAGAAGACCAAAAAAUGCAACUAUCAGGCCUGGUUGUGUUGUGUGGACCAUUUGUUUCAGCAAGAGGGGUGGUGUGAUUUUAACUAUUUCCUCAGCCUUCAAGCGAAAGGCAGAAACCAGGCAGCCGCCCGGUGUAGCCUCUUCGCCCAAGUCUUUUGGCGGGAGGAGGUGGCCGGAGCGCGCGCCGCCAAACAGCCCGGUCAGCCCGCUCUGCCUCGACGGCGGCGAUGAUUGACGGCGGCGUCCGUUGGAAAAAAGCCGAUCGGCCUCACGCGGGCCUUCCACCGUCCGUUGGACUGAGGGGGGGAGGCAGGGAGAGAAGGCGAACGGGCGCGAGGCGGUCUCGAAAGCCUGGCGGCUCCCCGCAGACCGAGCCACCUCGAUGGAGGACCCACUACUCUCGGCCGCGCCCAUUAACCCCAACAACUUCCCCGCCAAACUGUGGCGCCUGGUCAACAGCCCGCGCUUCCGCUCUAUCCGCUGGGACGCCCGGGGCGAGGGACUCCUCAUCGACCAGCCCUUGUUCGAAGCCGAGCUCCUGGGCGCGGGCGGCAGCGGAAUGGCCGUGGCGGUGGGAGGCGGUCCCGGGGGCGAUGGCGCCGGCCCCACCUCCGCCGGCGGCUCUUCAGUGUCUCCGUCGUCGUCGUCCACGUCCUCCUCGCCGGAGCUGUUCAAGACAACCAAUUUCACUAGUUUCAUCCGGCAGCUCAAUUUGUACGGCUUCCGCAAAGUGGUGCUAGGCCCGCCGGGAGGCAGCGGGGGCUCUUCGUCUGGUGGCGGAUCCACCACAGGCGCCUCAGCCGCUGCCUCGGCCCCCGGCGGCCCCUUGCACCAUUUUCACAGCCCGCACUUUCGCCGCGACCGGCCCGAUCUGUUGGUGCACCUCAAACGCCUGACUAGCGCGAACAAGGCCAAGCUGGCCGCAGGCCUGGAAGUCACCAGCCGGCCACCCAACCGCUUCCAGCGCCUCCUCAGCACCUCCCUUCACGGUGGGGAGGCCCUUCUCAGCCAGCAACAUCAGCACCAUCACAAUCCCCCGGCGGCACAUGCAGGGGCCGUAGCUGCCAAGAACGACAAUAAGCCCGGUGAGAGAGGAGGGCCUCCAUUGACUUUAGAACAGGUUCAUCGAUCUUUUCGGCGAGACAGUUUAUCUCCUUAUUCCUACCUGUCACCAUCAUCUCACAACCAAAAUGCUUUUCCACUGAAAGGUUCCGAUCGGACUCCUUUUCCUCCCAGAACAUGGCAGAACUCCCUUGGAAUGCUCCCAGGUCAGGUGGAGACAUCAGCUUUUUCAGACAAAGGUGUUCCAUUUCCUGUGUUGCAGAGGUUCCCAACAGAAGUAACUUAUACUCUGCAGCCCAGCUCUACAUCUGUGCAUAUUCAACAAGGGCCUCAGACAAUGGCCCCAUCUUCCCAGAAAUAUACCAGUUAUGCAGCUUCAGCACCAUACUCCCAAGCUUACUAUCCAACAGCUGUAUUACAGUGUUGUUCUCCACCUACCCACAUGGAUCCCUUAAGUGGUUGUGGUAGUCCUACAGCUUCUAUCUAUACACACUGCAGCUAUUUUCAGAAUCCACCAAUGCAAUCUUCAUAUCCAGUUGAAUUCUUGCCUUCUAAUUGGUCCUGCAACACCUCUGAUGAAAACAAGAAGACAGAAGUCAAUCUAGAAGCGGUCUUCCAGAUUGUUGAUGAAAUGCAUUCAUCCCCAAAGCUGGAAAUGGUAAAAGUAGAACCAGUGGAGAACCAAUGUCCAACUUCACAGUCAAAUCGAAACCAACAAUUAAUAGUUAAUUCAGGGAAUAGUGAUACAGCUUCUUCAGGUCAAACCAGCCACUUAGAACCUCUAACCCCUGUAGGCUCAGAUAUCACAUCCUUUGUUGUAGAGUCUGAACAAGCUAUAGCAUGCUCCUUGCCACAAUCUCCAGAGUUUAUCUAUGCUAUUCAUACCACAGAACCUGUGGAGAAUACCACAGCUCAAAUAGUGCAACAGCCUACAGUCACACCACAAACAUCAGCAAAAGUCAAAGAACAACUGAACCAGUCUUCUGCUGUGUCUCCCAUGAUAUUUGUUCAAGAGGAGCUUCCAUUCAGUCAGCCACAGGAGGAUCCUAAUAUAAAGUGUGAGUCAAAUACAUCAGAGACUGUUGCAUCCUCAGAACAAAUUGGUUUCCUCGUUUCAGAGGUGGGUCCUCUCAACAAAUGCACCAAAGAUUCAGUUUCAUCCAUCCAAACCAAAUGCAGAGAAAGAAGGAGCAGUUCACAGAAGGGCAAAUCCCCUGAUCUACAUUUGCUAGUGGAUGUGGCUUGCAAGCAAGAACAUUUUCCAAAGGAAGAAGAAUUAAGGGAGUAA